AGAAGACGGCAUACGAGAUCGGGCACGGCGGACGAAUUCAAGGAGAUGGUUCGCAGAUGUAACAACGCCGGCGUAAGAAUUUACGUCGAUGUGGUGUUCAAUCACAUGUCCGGUGAUCACCGUGACGCAAAGGGUACCGGCGGUUCGACAGCGAAUACUUAUGACUUCAGCUAUCCGGCGGUACCGUUCUCCCGAGAACAUUUCCACCCCUCUUGCUCGAUCAACAAUUAUCAAGAUCCGAAAAAUGUACGGAAUUGCGAGUUGAGCGGUCUACACGAUCUCGAUCAGUCGAACGAACAUGUCAGGGAGAAGAUUGUCGAGUUCUUGAAUGCAGCUAUCGACAUUGGAGUCGCUGGUUUUCGGUUAGCAGAAUCUUUACGUUCCAUGCAAUUCAGUUGCAAUAUUUCCCAAUCAAUUUUUCGGGAAAAAGCGGAAUUAGAUGUUGCAUUAACUUUGCCUAUCUCAAUAAAAGCAAAAAAUUUUUAG